CUUCAUCAGUGGAGACAACAGCAGAGAGACACCUACUUUACAACACAACUGGACAGUUAGAUUGAUUUAUUCACAGAUAGUUGGAACAAAAACAUGCUGAAGUUUAAAAAACUUUUCCAGGGUGCAGGUCCUCCUCCAUCUCCUCUUUUAGAGGCACCACUGAGGAACAUACAAUGGGAUCAGAGAGAGAAAGACCUGCAGUUUGUGAGAGAUUAUCAGCCUCACAAAGAUGUCGAGCAUCUCAGAAUUAUGCUUCAUGGACCACCAGGUGCUGGAAAGUCCAGCUUCAUCAACUCUGUCGACAGUGCUUUAAGAGGCAAAAUCACAACUCGCGCUCUGGCAGCGACCAACUUUGGUGACAGUUUCACCAUUGAGUGCAAAACAUAUAAGAUUCAAAAAGGAGACCCAGGAACUUUUUACCCUUUUGUCUUCACUGACACCAUGGGCCUUGAGAAGAGCACUAACAGAGGAAUUCAAGUUGAUGAAAUCAAACGUGGCAUUAGUGGACAUUUAAAAGAUGGUUACAGGUUCAAUCCCAAAUCUCCCUUACCUGAAACUGAUCCUACCUACAACAGUUCCCCAACUAUAAAUGACAAAACCCACAUUCUGGUUUUCAUUGUUCCCGCCAACACAGUCAGCUUAAUCGAAGAUGAAACUGUGAGGAAGAUGAAUGAUGUCAGAUUAGCAGCUCGUGACAAAGGGAUCCCACAAAUAGCUCUGCUCACUAAAAUCGAUGAAGCCUGUCUUGAAGUCAAAAAAGACAUAAAGAAUGCCUACAAGAGCAAGUACUUGAUUAAGCAGAUGGAAAAAGUGAGCACAGACCUGGUUCUUCCGAUGAACUGCAUCUUUCUCGUGAAGAACUACCACACAGGAAUUGAGACGAAUAACAACAUGGAUUCACUGAUACUGAGUGCACUGAGAAAGAUCAUCGACUAUGGAGAGGACUACCUGAAUGACUUAGACUUCUGAACUAUAACCAACUGAAGUGCAUAGAAAAUGAAGAUGUAAGUAGCUACGGUUACUCUUCAGGUGAUUUUGGCUUGUAUUAGUUACAAUCACAACAACGUGUUAUUUUAAUCAGAACCUUUAUGAUACUGAUUUUGUCUGCUUCUUAUUUUACAUAACUUUUUCCCUUUGCAAACUUAAUUACAAUGAACCAAAAAGUUUUCAUCUUAAGUUUGAUUGACAAUAUUUGUAAAAGAAACAAUCAAUAUAUGUACCUUUUGUUCUGUGUUCAAAGUGUCAUCAUCAGGAAGAAUUACUGAUGAAUGCAUGUAAACUGCUCUCUGCUCUGUCAUUGUAACCUUCGAUCUAAGACUGUCCUCUCUGAAUCAGUGCAUUAACACAGUGAACCCAAAUGUUCCUGAGAGAAGAUCAAAGCUAAAAAGACACACGUGCACAGAUGGAGGGUCAGUGCAGAUGUGCUGAUUUAGAGGGACUACAGGCAGAUUGUGAUCUGUUGUUUCUUGUUACCAGAAUUUUAAUUAAAUCUGUUCAUUUAAAAUGAUGAUGACUGACCAGAGAGUGUGUGUUUAUUCACUCAUCAUCA